AUGGUUGUACUAGUACUAGAUCGCACAAUUGCCGCUUCUUUUAUCCCCCCGCUACACUUCUUCGCCAAGAAAAAAAGAACAUACUGCCACCACAAACUGCCAGACACCCUAGCAAAAUACAUCAUCGUUAACAGUACAAUGGCCGCUACCAUGGAGACGAUGCCCACACAGGAGCCAGCCCCGAAGGCGCCGGUCGCUCUCGAGCGCCUACGACCUGUUAGCCAGACUAUUGAAUGUCCGCACUGUGGGAAGCUUGUUAAAACGACAAUUGAGGGUCGCGGCAAGGGCAUGCAGCGUUUUAUGGACGUCAUGUUCUGGCCCUUGCCUGGCCGCCGAAACUGGUGGGAAACCACCACUUGGCGCUGCGGCGCCUGCGAGGCGUCUCUGGCUUCACAGAAAAAUGGCAAGGAACUCAAGGUGGCUCACUAA